AUGAAACACAGCAAUGAUACGGCAGUACCCACCACGACGCAGCUUGUCACGAUUGUCGAAGCAUACCUCGUCCAAGAAGACGAUGUUGUGAAGAAGCCAAGGAACAAGAGCAAGGUCAUUGCAGUACCGCAGUAUGUCAUUGUAGCUGACUUGAAUUGCACGCCUUUCGAGGACCUUCCAGGUCAAACCAGCACCGUUUAG